AGUCUAUUUCAAAAGUUUAACGGUCGCUUUAGCAGCGAGUCGAAGGUGUGAAAAAAUUGUGUGCGGAAAAUUUCUCGUGUUCUUCAUAUUUGGUUGACAAAGAAAGUGCAUUUUUGUUGUGUACAAAUCGUAAAUAAAAUGUUUAACUGAAAGUGAAUACCCAAAUUCAAUAGUUCGAAAUUGAAAAUUGCAUUUUAAAUAUGUGGCGCUCAACGGUUUUUGUAGCUAUUUUAAUUUGUUCGAUAUUUUCGUCGAAUGUUCAAGGUUCUUGUUUGGAGUAUGGGCAUUCAUGUUGGGGUGCGCAUGGCAAACGCUCCAGUGGCUCGGCGGUCGCCGGCAGUAAAGGUCGGCUAGUGGAGAGAAAUUCACGUGGCGGCAACCAAUUAAAUUUGUUGGACGAUGAUAAUGCUAGUCGAUUUGUGGCUAGCAAGUUCGACAUCAAUGAAGCAAUCACAUCCGCUGAAAUUGCACCACAUCUAGGCACAAGUGCAGAAGACACAUCAGCAGAUUCGACAAAAGAGCGCAACUACAUGGAACAACGGCAUCUACAAUUUCCACAACACAAGAGUAACCGUGAGAAUAGCAACACACCGUUAGAUAACAGUAUCCGAAAGAGUGAGACGGCUGGCUCGCGUGAAGAACGCCAACGCGCUCUACAUUUGCAACAAAAACGGAAGUUCCCUCAACAUAUUGAACGUUGGCAUAAGUUACCGGCUUUCGGUUUACGACGCACCUACAGCAAUUCACCAUUGGCGUUGACCGACGCAGUACCGCUCGAGUUGCCCACACGUAAUGCGGGGAAUGAGUUACUACAACAAAUCGGACAAUUGGCGGGCGAAAGAUUCGACGAUGUUGGCGUUUACUAUGACUUUCCAUAGAAGUGAGAGAGGCCAGAGGCCGGUGGGAGAGGAGCGCUGGGGGAGAAACGUGAAGUGAACGAUUGAAGUCUGCAAAAACGCAAACGCACACACACGCAAAACAGUUACAUUAUGUUUGAGUUAUUUUCUGUUUCAUGUUGAUUUAUAAGAGGACUACAAAAUUUCUAAAAAAAAUUAUAAUAAAGGCAUUGUAAUUAUAUGAGGAUAUUCUCUAUGAAAAAAAACAAUUACGUAACAAAUUUAAAAGGCUCUAAAUGUAAACAUUUUAUUAUAAGAAAACUCUAUUUGUGUAUUUUAGGCGUUGCACUAAGAAAAAACAAAAAAUUAAAAAAAAACAUUUUCGAACAACAAAUUUCGAAAAAAAAUUUCGAACAAAAAUUUUUGAAAACCAAAUUCGAACAAAGAUUUUGAAAAUUUCGAACAAAAAUUUUUGUGAAAAAAAAUUCGAACAAAAAUUUUAAAAAAAUAAUUAUCGAAAAAAAAUGUAACUAUUUUACUAAAAUGCACUUUGUUGUAAGUAAUUAAAUUUUAUGCAUUUAAUUAUAUGUAAGGAUCAGGUUACUCAUCAUCUUAAAAUUAAAAUUAACUCGCUCUCCAACUACUUUGUCAAAAUAUUGCUGCAAUGGGCUGGAUGCAACAAUAUUAUUGACGACUCUAAAAGUUGUGUUUAAAAUAAAGAUGAAACUACUACAUACACAUAAGUAUAAGCAACCAUGCAUACGUUUUCAAUUCGCAAAAAUAAUAAAAAAAUUAAAAAAAAAAAAAAAAAAAAAAUUAACAAAAAAUAUGAAAACAA